AACAACACACGAAGAAAACCCUAGUUUAAGCAUAUAUAAACCCUCCCGGCGCUGUCACUACAUUUUCUUCUGAGGAGAGCUGCUAAGUCUGCAACCAUGUCGAAGCGAGGAAGAGGAGGAACCUCUGGUAACAAGUUCAGGAUGUCACUAGGUCUUCCAGUGGCAGCUACUGUUAACUGUGCUGACAACACCGGAGCUAAGAACCUUUACAUCAUUUCUGUUAAAGGAAUCAAGGGACGUCUUAACCGUUUGCCAUCAGCUUGUGUUGGUGAUAUGGUUAUGGCUACUGUCAAGAAAGGUAAGCCUGAUCUCCGUAAGAAGGUGCUCCCUGCUGUCAUUGUUAGGCAGAGGAAGCCAUGGCGCCGAAAGGAUGGUGUCUUCAUGUAUUUCGAGGAUAAUGCUGGUGUCAUCGUCAAUCCCAAGGGUGAAAUGAAAGGAUCUGCUAUCACUGGACCAAUCGGAAAAGAGUGUGCUGAUCUAUGGCCAAGAAUCGCAAGUGCUGCUAACGCCAUCGUUUAAGCUAGCAAGCUCGGCAUCUAUAUUUUGUGUUAAACGUUUUGCACUUAAUCUCUUGAAGGAUGUUUUGUUUUUGUCUUAGUCUUGUGUUAUGCCUUAAACUUGAUUCUAGUUCCUAUAACAACUUCGUUUUUGGUGCCAGUUUGUCACAUUAGCAUUUCAAGUCACGUUGGCAUUUCAACCUAUCGUUUACCUAUGAAUUUUUUUUUUGUUCA